GGGGGCGGCCACCUUGCCGUCCAAGUACGACGAAGAAAGCGGAUAUCACCUCUUGGAUUAGUUCCAUGUGGUCAUACUUCGAGGUCAUGCGGACACCGCAGGAAGACCGAAGCAUGAUCAUGGGCACUAAUACUGAGCCCGCCGUACGAAAUCACAUUGAACUCCAAGUUGUUGCUGCAGGUUAUGAAAGAAUUGACCUGACUGAGUGGCUGAAGGUAACCCUUGUACGCGCCCUCGAGGACCUUCUCAUCACACGGUACCAGGAUAAGCAUGCUGUGCUAAAGGCUAGGCUGAAGCUUGAGGCCCUCAAGGGCCAAACAUGGAGAUCCUCCAUGCAGGCUUUGGAACAACACUUUACUGGUCUGUUCACCACUCCAGAUCUGGGAAUGACUGACGUGUCUUGUAUGGAUGUAGUCAUGGGAGUGGCCCCUAAAGAAUACCUCUCCCUGUUAGCACUCAAAGACCAUACCUCCUGGCGAGAGCUCAUGACAGAUCUAGUCAACCUAGAGGCCAAGGACCUCGCCAGGCGAAAGAAGGCGCCCGCUGCUGGUGGAAAACCACAACGCAAGCGGUAUGGAAGCAGCAACCAGCUUGCCCUGCAUGAACAUCGGGAGGCUGAAGAUCAGUCCUAUGCGGAUGAUCUGUCUCUAGAUGACGAUCUAGAGCCGGACUCCGAUAUGGGCUGGAAACAAGCAAAGGGCGUAGAGGAGUCAUCAACACUCUCUACAACAAGGGAAGCUGGAACGUCAGUUGCAGGCCCCUCCGAUGAGCCUGAAUUUGAUCAACACCCUACUUUUGAAGCCCGGAACAACGCUGAAUCCAAGGUUGUUGCAAUUCAUGUGCUAUAUGCUGAGCCUUGGGAGGAGUCUAAGGAAGUUGACUUCCAUGCUCACCUGGAACAUUGGCUGCAGCUCAAGCAACAACGCCGUGUUCAAGGGAGUGUGGAGCUAACCUUCUUUAAACUGCUCAUUAACCGUCGAUACAUCCGCGUGCUGAUUGAUAGUGGUUCAACCACUAAUUUAUUUUCUCCUAACGGGAUUCGUAAAGCGGGUCUGGGAAUGAAGCGAGUGGAACUGCAGAACCCUUGUCAGACCCAAGUGGGCAACCAAGAGGUUGUCACCUCCACACAUGCCGUCAAAGGUGUGAGCGUCACCUUUAACAAGGACCGCACUGUCACACAUGAGCUUAACUUUUAUGUCAUGGACAAGUGCUCGUUCGACGUGGUCAUUGGCUUGGGCUGGUUAAAGGCUCAUUGCCUAAGGACCACGUGGGCGGACAAUCAGUUCGUGGUGCGUGAUGCCAAGGGGAACGAGCAUACCGUCUUAUUGGAUGAGACGCGCGAGUCCCCUGUGACUCUUCUAAGUGCAAACAAAUUCUGCAAAUCAGUGCGCCGACGCAAGGAGGUUGAGCAUGUACAUAUAGCCUUUGUAAAGCCUCUCCAUGUGCCUUCUACUUUUGCUGCAUUUUCUACCUCGGUAAGUAACUCUACUUCUACCACCUCUACUUCUAAUCCAUCUACUUCUACUGUGAAUAAUCCCUCUACUUCUGAUCCAAAUACCGCAAAUCCGGUUGUAAUUGCUGUAAAUUCUCAAACUGAUUUUCUUUCUCCUGACGAGGACGAUCCUCCACCGGAAGUCCCAACAAACAUUCGCCAGCUACUAGAUCGAUUUCCUGAAGUUUUGGCCGAACCUCGUGGAGUUCCCGAGUGUCCGGUCAAACACAAGAUCGAGAUAAUAGAAGGGAGUGUUCCUCCAAAGGGCUGCGUCUACCGUAUGGGACAAGGCGAGUUGGAGGAGUUGAGGAGGCAGAUUGAUGACAUGAUCGAUCGUGGAUGGAUUAGGCCUAGUGAGUCUGAGUUCGGUGCACCUGUCCUGUUUGUGCUGAAGAAAGAAGGCAAACUCCGGAUGUGCAUUGACUAUCGUGGCCUAAACCGGAUCACCCGAAAGAACACGUAUCCCUUGCCUCGUAUAGAUGAUUUGCUAGAUGCUGCAGGUGGGUGCAAGGUCUUCUCCAAGAUCGACCUCAAAUCUAGCUACCACCAGAUUGAAGUUGAUCCGAGUGACCAACACAAGACUGCAUUCAAGAUACGCGAUGGGCUGUACGAAUUCAUCGUUAUGCCCUUCGGUCUUACGAAUGCACCAGCCACGUUUCAGAGCCCCAUGGACAAGGUACUCCGCCAUCAGCUCAAUAGGUUUGUGGUCGUGUACCUUGAUGAUAUUCUGAUUUUCAGCAAGUUCAUGGAAGAGCACCUCAAGCACCUUGAGGAGGUCUUGCAGGUCCUCAAGGAGGCACAACUGCACGUCAACUUAGAGAAAUCUGAGUUCGAAAGGGACAACGUCAUCUAUCUUGGACACCGGUUGUCUGCAAAUGGCCUUGAGCCGGAGGCAACCAAGGUGGAGGUCAUACGAAAUUGGCCUCAACCAGCAAACGUACGCGAACUGCGUUCUUUUCUUGGUUUGGCUUCGUACUACCGGAAGUUUGUGCCAAAAUUUUAUGUCAUUGCUCACCCACACUCAAGACUAACCAGUAAGAAUGUUGUCUAUGCGUGGUGUGAGAAGUGUGAGACUGUGUUCCAAGCCUUAAAAGAGGCAUUGGUGAGUCAUCCUGUGCUCCGCAUUGCGGAUCCCAACCUCACGUUCGUAGUCACUACGGACGCGAGCCAGUUUGGGAUUGGUGCAGUGCUGCAACAAGAUGAUGGUGAUGGCCUCUGUCCGCUCGAGUAUUACAGCAAACGCAUGCCCAGCCACAAGGUAGCUACUUCCACAUACAUGCGUGAGCUCUACGCCUUGCGCGAGGCGCUCACACAUUGGAAGCACUACCUCUUGGGUCGCCACUUCAAGGUCUACUCAGAUCAUCAGACCUUGCAGUGGAUUAAGACACAAACUGAUCUCUCUCCUAUGCUGACCUGCUGGUUGCAUGACAUUGAUGUGUACAAUUUUGAAUUGAAACAUAAGAAUGGUGGUUAUAAUCGCGUUGCUGAUGCUUUGUCGCGUCACUCUGAGUUUUUGACUUGCCUUGUGGGUUCGUAUGACCUCCAAAGGAAACUGAAGGAGGAUCUGGUCGAACACACCGCCAAGGAUCCGGACCUUAGUCCCAUCCUUGAGCAGCUCAAGGCUGACCCUAACAGUCAACCCGAUUUUCAUGAGUGUGAGGGUCUUGUAUUCCGCCGGUAUGGGAAGUUUGAUCGUUUGUGUGUACCCAACCAUGCGCCUCUCCGGACUCAUUUCUUGGAUUUGGCACAUGGUCGGAGAGGACACUUCGGCUUUGAGAAGACUUAUGGAAGCCUUCUGCAGCAGUUUGAUUGGCCAGGAAUGAAAGGAUCCGCUCAGAAAUUUAUUGUUGAAUGUCAGGUAUGCCAAAGAACCAAAGUCCACAGGCAUAAGCCUUAUGGUCUGCUGAGACCCCUCCCCAUUCCGGAUGGACCCGGUGAGUCGAUUUCCAUCGACUUCACAGACAUGGGAAAGGUGAGUGAGGCUGGAAAUUCACAAGUCCUGGUCAUCGUGGACCGUAUUUCCAAAUUUCUAAACUUGAUUCCUUUCCCUCCCCAUGCCCCGACUGAACUUGUCAUUGAAGAAUUCCAUCAGCAGUACAUUCUGCAGUUUGGCGUCCCGAAAACUAUUGUGAGUGAUCGGGACACCUGAUUCAUUAGCAAAGAUUGGAAGGACUUCACCUCUCAGAUCUAUGACAUUAAACUGAACAAGACUUCUA